GAUAGCGAAGACAUUAUUUUUUGACGGGAGUUGGGCCAAAUUUACUCUCAAAAAUGAGGGCGAAGCAGAGAAUUCCAGGAGAAAUUUGUGCAGACUGUGGAUCGCCUGAUCCAGGAUGGGCGUCGCUGAAUCGUGGGGUUUUGGUUUGUGAUGAAUGCUGCAGUGUGCACCGUAGCCUCGGAAGACACAUCUCACAGAUCCGUGCCAUCAACCAUGGCUCACAAUGGCCAAGGAGUCUUAGAGAGAUGGUGUACGCUCUUGUAACAAACGGCGCAAACUCAAUCUGGGAGCAUUCUCUUCUGGAUCCCUCACAAGUCCGUAGUGGAAAGCGUAAACCCUCUCCAAAGGAUCCCAUACAUGGGCGGAAUAGCAUAGAGGACUCCGGGGACAAUUGGAGUCUCCGUCACAGUUUUACCAAACGGCGUCUGUCCUCCAGGAACACGGACCUGACGUUUUCAAGGUCCCCUUCUAAAUCAGAGUUCAUUCGGGCCAAGUAUCAGAGACUUGACUUUGUUCAUCGACUGAAGGAUGAAGACGGUUCCAAUGUGAAAGACCUUAGUAAACAACUUCACUCAAGUGUAAGAACAGGUAAUCUUGAGACCUGUUUAAGGCUGCUAUCACUCGGUGCUCAAGCAAACUUCUACCAUGUGGAAAAAGGGAACACACCGUUACAUGUUGCAAGCAACGCAGGGCAGAGCUUACAGAGUGAGCUCCUUAUGGCAUAUGGUGCAGACCCGGGGGCCAUGGACAGUAAUGGACAGACACCGGCAGAUUUAGCAAAAGAGGAGGGUCAUCUUGAGCUAGCAGAGCGUCUUGUGCAGUGUCAAUAUGAACUCACUGACAGGCUGACUUUCUUUGUAUGCAGUAAGAGACCAGACCACCUUGGAGGCCAACACUUCCUAAUCCCAGAGAUGGCUGACAGCUCGCUGGAUCGAUCUGAAGCUGCUGAACUGGCCAGGAAGAAACUCCAAGCUCUGAGCAAUCAUCUGUUUGAGGAGUUAGCGAUGGAUGUAUAUGACGAAGUGGACAGACGAGAACUGGACUCCAUUUGGUCAUCAUUACAGAAACCCAAUUUUAUUGGGGCUGAUAAAACGGUUCCUUUCCUGCCACUGAACCCAGAACUGUCUUCCACAAGAAACCAGGGCCGCCAGAAACUAGCUCGAUUCAGCGCUAGAGAGUUUGCUACCCUCAUCAUCGACAUUCUUAAAGAGGCAAAGCGGAGACAACAGGGUACCCUCUCACUCACACGGCCCUCUAUUGACAAAGAAACCGUUGAAAUCCACCGAGCCCCCCCUCCGCCUCUCCAUGAGAAACCACCUCUCAAUAACAUUAAUGUUUUCUUGGACGAUAAUGAGCCGGUGUACGACAGUGUUGCAUCAGAUGAUGAUGAUGAUGGGGACCAGGGAAGGGCCAAAUCUGGCAUUUUUCUUAGGGAGGGAUCGAAAUCACAGAGUGCGAGCUCAGAUGUUCCCGAGGAGUAUAUUACUCUUAAGGAGUACCUUCAAGUCAAGAAGCAGCUGGCUUCCUCAGAGGCUAAGGUGACUCAGCUCCUGGCUAUGAAUAAAGAUCUCAAUCAAGAUGUCCAUAUGCUGCAGUCAAUGGUCGAUAAACUCAAAGAGGAAAAUGAACAGUUCCGUGCCAUCCAGCGUCACAUGGACUUCCCACAGAAGACGCGUGACUUGGAAAGCUACCAACCAAAAGGCGGUAACGUCAACCGCUCUCCCAGGGUCUCUGGCCGUCCAAUGUCUAUGAUUGAUACACGUCUAUCCAGCUCUAAACCCUUCUCUAUCGUGCCUGAGUGUGCCGUGCCUGUUGCUGCUGCCCCUGAGGCGGCCGCUGCUGAGGGGAAGGGGAGGAGUGUCAAUGCUAACCUCCCACCGAUCACAGAUGCCGGGGAUGGCGUUGAGGCUGAGGAUACAUCUGGGAAGGAGGAAAGACCUGCAAGUGACUACGACAACACCCAGACCCAACUAGCAGAACCAAGCCCAAGCCAGCCAGACACGACAGACACCCCAGGGUCCCCUGCAGCCUCUAGCUCCCCCACGGCUGAGCUGUCUCCACGCAGCGAUGGCGGCGGGGAGGUAGACCCUGAUAAAGUACCCACGCUGGAGGAGAUCGUGUCUGCCACAGACAGGAUCACCAAGAGGAUACAGACUUUGUUAUCCAUGGCAACAGAAGGCAAAGUGGACAGCUUCGCAUCAUGCUCUGACAAUAUUCGCUCUGCCGUGACUGAAAUGGCCAAUCUCUUCCCAGAGAAGCUACGGACUGAAGCAGUCAAAUCACCGCUACGUAUCCUGGUAUCAAGUGCCACUCGCCUCCACACAGAGUGCAAGAACGCUGUGCCCUCUGACCCCAGCGUGACCCCUGACCUCAAAGGCCUGACCUCGGAGAUCAUCGCAAGAGCCUACGAUAUUGCCAAGUCUGCAAAGCAGCUGGUCACUUGUUUUCAGUGAAGGAGUUUACAGUCAAACCCCAUACUAGGAAUGCUCCAUUAAAGAAAAAGGCUAACAAAAACAUCCUCUUCCUCUUGCAGCUUACACCUGUUAUAUCUAUGUAAUUCCUUUUCCAGAAAUUCUUUAAUGGAGUUUUCCCCCUAAUGCUAAUACUCUACAGGCAUUCCACAAAUCAGUUGACUCGCAGAAUGCAAAAUCAUUGAUUCAAAGUUAUUCCUGAGAGUGCUGUCUUAAGUCUUGUCCGAAGAAUACAAAAUUUUUGGCAUGCAUCAUGUGCAGGGGCCUUUCUUAAGCCAUGGCUUGGGCUCUGGCUCAGGCUUGUCUUCAAAUCGUGUAAGUUUAAAGACACUGGACACUAUUGGUAAUUGUCAAAGACAAGUCUUCUCACUUGGUGUAUCUCAACAUACACA